ACAGGGGCGGACUGACAACUCAUGGGGCCUCCGGGCAAUAGGGGAUCAUGGGGCCCCUGUGUCCUUGCCCAAACUCAAAAAAUCCUAUGAAAAGGUACCAGGGGCAUCUCACGGGGCCCCCUACUGACCCCGGGCCCUCGGGCAGUGCCCGAGUUUCCAAAUGGUCAGUCCGCCCCUGCUGAGGUAUGAUAUGAGCGGGAUGGCAGGAAGAAACAGGAAUAAUGCUGAAGUCAAUUUACAGCACGCACUAAUUUUGGUAGCAUAAUUAUUCGUGUGGAAUGUAUGUUCCUUUAUUUUAUUUUUUUUUUCUU